AUUAAACGAUAAAAGAGGAGAGGAAAAAAAAUUAGAAAGAAAUAUGUCACGUAGAAAUAAACCAAUAAAAAUUACUGCAGUCGGAGAUGGAAUGGUUGGAAAGACAUGCAUGCUUAUUACUUAUACCACGAAAAAGUUUCCAACGGAAUAUGUACCUACUGUCUUCGACAAUUAUGCAGAUAUUAUUCGUUUAGAUAGCCAAGAAUUUGAUAUAACCCUUUGGGAUACAGCCGGUCAAGAAGAUUACGAACGUCUUCGGCCAUUGUCGUAUCCAAAUACCGAUUGUUUUUUACUUUGUUUCUCGAUCAGUGCUCGUAGUUCAUAUGAAAAUGUUGCAAGUAAAUGGUAUCCAGAAAUAAAACAUCAUUGUCCGCAUGUACCAAUAAUACUUGUCGGUACUAAAAGCGAUCUCAGAGAUCAAGAGAAUUUAGAUAUAAUAACGCCACAUGAAUGUAAAAAAAUGAAAAAGAAAAUUAAAGCCUCGAAGUACGUCGAAUGUUCAGCUGUAAAACAAGAAGGCUUGGAAAAUGUCUUUCUAGAAGCCAUUAGAGCGGUUUUAGAAAAACCACCAUCUAGGAAACUCUGUUAUAUUUUUUAAAGAAACCCACACAAAAAUUUCUAUAUUAUUUAUAUUUAAAUUUAUUAACUACAGUUAUAUAUAUUCAAAAACAAAUUCUAAUAUAUGUAAAUUUUAUUAUUAAUUAUCGCGUACUACGAAGAAUGCUCGAUUGUUAGACAAUGGAAAUUUUAUCAACAAAAAAAAAACUUUUUUUAACU